AUGGAGCCAACAAAUGGACGUGAUGAUGAGAACUUCAACAAUGCCAAGAAUUCGUAUAAUCAUGGCAUUAUCGAUAAGAGGGCUGGUACGAGUUGUACAUCAUCAUCAUCGCCGAAUGAUGCUAUAGAGAAAAAAAUCAACAAGUUAAUCAUUGGAGAUCAACAAGUUGAAGAUUGUGUAUUCUAUCAGUCGAAGAAGGUGGAGAAACGAAUUGGCUGUGAUGAUCACAAGUUCACUAAUUCUAAGGAUGGGUCUAAUACAAAUGGGGCUAGUACAUCAUCAUCAUCUGCUAAUGAUGUUAUGGAAAAGCAAUCUUUGAUGAUUGGAGCCCAACGACUUGAAGAUUUAAAAUUUAUGAAGUCUCAUAAGGAUGCAGAGCGGAUAAACAUGAUUCAGGAAUAUAUUGACAAAUCUUCUCUCCAAAUGUUAUACCCUUCACUAAAUCAACAGUCUUUGAGGGUUCAAGUGAUAUAUUUUGUCAAGCAGCUAGUGGAGGGAUCAUUAGGCUGCCAUGCUUGUGUAUAUGGGUCAACGUCUCUUAAGACGUUUUUACCGGAUGGAGACAUAGAUUUCACUAUACUUAGUCCUUUCGAGGACACUGACAUCACAUCAAAAGUGAAGUUCUUGUUGGAGAUGGAAGCCAAGAGGCCCAACUCUCGUAUCGCACAAGUCCAAUUAAUCGAUGCAAAGGUUAAGAUAGUGAAAUGUAACGUGAAUGGGAUCGAUAUAGAUUUAUCAAGUAAUCAACUUAUGGGAAUGGGUGCCACAACAUUUUAUGAAUAUGCCAAUGAACGAUUCAAGAAGGAUCAUUUGUUUAAGAGGAGCGUGAUUCUUCUUAAAGCAUGGUGCUCAUAUAGAAAACGACCAAUACUUGGGUCAUCGAAGGGACUUCUUUCAACCUCCGCGCUAAAUGUAAUGAUCUUCUAUGUUAUAAACGCCUUCUAUGACGAACUCACGGGACCAUUCUCCGUUUUAAAUAGGUUCAUAUCCUACUAUGGGGAGUUCAUGUGGAAGAAUAAUACUUUGAGUGUGAAAGGUCCAAAGAUUGGCGCCAAAGUAGACGGUCUCAUAAGCGAUCAUGAGAUAGAUUUGAUUGUUUGGGAUUUGACCAGGGGGCGCAAAACAAUGGGUCAUUUCCCCCAAAAGUCCAACAUAGAAGACCCAUUAUGCCCAACGAAUAACCUCGGUACUUCAGUAUCUGAAGGUAUGUAA